GGCUCCGGGCUCUCGGGCCGUGCCCGUAUCGGGGUCUCGGGGCGGCCGCCUCCUGACGAUGCUCUGCCCCAGGGAGCCCGGGACACCUCCAGUCUCUGCAGCCACAUCCUGCUCGGUGUCACCGUACCCUUCCAUGCCUAGCUCCGUGAGGGCUCAGGGACCUCAGAUCAAUGUGCUUGCGAGCCCCGUCAGCCCCACAGGGCUGUGAGGUUCAGGCGGAGGGCAGGAUGGCUUUUGGCGACCCUGCAGAGGGCAGAGCACCCAAGGAGGAGCCUCUGUAAAGCCACCACGGGCCGACUGAGGACAGCUCUUCUCACACUGCUCCUCAUCCUCCCCAGCAUCACACGGGAGGCUCCUGGCCGGCUCCCAGCAGUUGGGAGAGGAAGACCGUGGUGGCACGUUUCUGUAUUUUCCUCGUUCACUUCAAGGGAGUGGGGAGCUCCUGAGGAGCUCUGCAGCCAUGGACAGCUGUUGCUGUGGUCACUGUAUAGUGCCUGGUAUAGCUGCUCCUGAUGGGGCACCCUGUGUGCUAUUAACAGCAGCAUUGUCAUUUCCUGCUCUCCUUUCUCCUUGGCAGAGAACACCAUGGAAUAUUGCUGUGGAGCUGGAAGAGACUCUGAUAGGAGAUGAGCUCUGUGGAGUCAGCAGAAGACAAGACAUUAACCUUUAGUUCCCCUAGCACCACAGCUGGGAAGACUGGGAAGGCACUUCCUGCUGGAGAAGGUCUUGGCUUCAUCAGUGCCAGGAAACGUGAGAACCAGAAUAGAAAUCAAAGGGAAGGAAGCAAACAAGUACACAUCAUUAUGCAAUUGUGAGAUGAGUGGAGAUGACUUGAAUGCAGAGAGGAAGUGAACAUCAGAAAGAGCAUGGGAAGAGAUGAAGAGGUCCAGAGGGGAGAGCAAGAGGAACACAGAACCUCUCACUUGUCAUUCCUGUGGAUCUGGUACCCUCUUAUCGGCAAAUAUUAUGCUGGUGUUGCUGUUUCCUCAUGUGGGUUGGUUUGCAGAUGAGACCUCAGCUUCAGCCAGGAGGUUGCACUGGCUGGUGGAGAAGAGCUCCAGUGAACACCCUUUCUUCUGGAGACACGUGUAGCUGGGCUGUGUGUGCCCACCACGGUGUGGAGGGUGGUUACUGUGGAUGCUGAUAGAAGCUAAAGGGGAGGAAAUGGCAGAUGGGAGGAGGUUUUGCUCUGAACUCAAAGAGGAAAAGCAGUGGCAGGCAGUGGGGAGCAGCAGAGAUUGCACCCGCAGAAGCUGGGGAGACAGAGCGACCUGCACCUGCUGACUGCUGCCCAUGUCCCUUUUGUGGCAGGGGUGACACAAGCUGUGUCUGGCCUGGUGGAUGUUCCUGUCCUAGUGUCCCUCAUGCCUGAGGUGGCAGGGGAAUACAGGGGCUGGGCUGGAGCUGGGAUCUGGGUACUCGUGGCCAGAGCAGGGGGCAGGGCUCUGCAGGGCCGUGUACAUCCCACAACCAGAACACUCAGAUCAAGCCCAUCCCCAUGUCAAACCGCAGGUCCCUGGGGGCUGGCAGGGUGUGUGGGUUCCCACCUGAGCUCAGCGAGCACACCCGAUCACCAGGUGGGUGUGGACAUCACCCCACCCCCGCUGUGACAGCAGCACUGCUUCCUCCAAGGGGUCCAUUCCCCGGUGUAAAACAAAACAGACUGGGGUGGUGUGGGGAGGUGGUGCUGUAGGAAACUGGGGAAGCGGCAGGGAGCUGCUGGACUGGACCCUAGAGUAGUGGGAAAUGGCCAUCAGCAGCUCCCGCAUGCAUUACUUGGGUCUCGGGGCCAAGAAUGUGUGGUCAGGAUGAAACCGGAGGAGGAAACAGAGAAGAGAGGAGAUAAGAAUUGGGCUGAGGCAAGAGAAGGGGAAGAGAGGGGAAGCCUGUGAGCACAGAGGGAACUGCCUGGCCCAGUGGCGAAGGGGCGAGGUCCCAGCAAGGCUUCAGCUCCCCUCGGCUGAGCAGUGACCCCCACGCUGCAGGCAGGGACGGAGGCUCCCGACUGAUCCCACCAGGCACCCAGCGUGGUCACCAGUAGGCUGUUGGGAAGCAUGGAGCUCUGGCUAACCAACACCUUUCUGCCCCUGCUGCUCCUUACCUGGCUGCCAGUUGGAACAGUCAGUGAGCUGGAAGAGCCAGGCACCACUGUGCAGUGCGAGAUUUGUUUGGAGAAUCUCACAAUGCAGGUGAAUAGGUACAAACUUAAAUGUCUGGAAGUGAAGAAUCAAACCAACAUUGUGGUUCCAGGAGAAAACUGUAUGAAUUUCACCAGCUCAAACAUGAGUACAGCCCACACAGGGAUCUGUAUGUGUAGGGUCUUCAUCACAAGACCAAACUCGACAGACACUGGAAACAGCACACAAGCAGCAGUUCUCAGCUGUGGCUCUGCAGAAUCUCAGACCGAUGUCACAGAGAUCUGGACAGGACUCAACCUCUUCCUGUGCAUCCUCUUUGGCUUUGCAGUCGGGACGCUCCUUUACAUGCCAGUAAUUGGCUUCCUGCUGUGGCAGUGCAGAAGGAACAGAACAGGAGAGCUCAUGAGUGGGGAAGUGGUGAAGGGGAAUCAGGUCAGUAUGGUGGCCCCAGUGACAGGGACCGCAGACCUGACCUAUGCCAACCUGAAUUUUAGAAACAAGGGGACAGGAUCUGCUUCCUCCAACGUCAUUUACACUGAGAUCAAGCCAUCACAACAGAAGCAGAGUGGUGGGGAUGGCAGUGCUGCCAGCACAGAGGUGGAUGUCUCCCCCAAGGAAGAGGGCGAAUGAGGGAGGGUGAGCAGCUUGUUGUCCACCUGUUGGGGUCAUCCUCCUCAAAAACUAGGUGUUAGCUCAUACAGCAGUGCAAUCUUGGUGACCAAAGCCACCUAUUACCCCAAGUGGCUGCACAACCCUGCUUUAUGUUCCCCUGGAAGAAGCCAUGUCUCACGGUGAGGACAGGGCUCUUGAGCCCAUUUUCCCCUUGCCUUCUGCAGCUCCAAGCACUGCCAAGCCUCAGCAACUCUUUUCAGUGUCUCCUGUCACUGACAGAGGCUCCUCUAGCUACUUGCUCCGUGUUUCAGGAAUGACACUGUGCACUGUGUGGCCAACAUGGUGUUCAGGAAGAGCUUGGUCCUGGAUGUGCUGGGUGGCAUGGCCAUGAGAAAUCCUGGAGGAAUUUUCUGGAUUUUCUCUGGUGCAGGCACCUGCUGUGAUGUGUGUUGACCUUGCUCUGUUUCACUCACUUGAAACACAAGGGGCAAGGAUGGAAAAGCAUUUCUUGCUUCACAGAGGUGCUGCUGCAGUGAUGCACAUGGAUCUACUUUGUACUGGGAGUGGUUAGGUGUUUUUGCUGGUUUGGUGGUGAAUACCCUUCUCGUGGGUAGAGCACUCUCUUUUGUGCCCUCUUUUAUUGAUACUGUUGUGUUUAUUGUGAGUUUUUCAGUAAAAAUGUGAUUCCCA